AAUGAGCCACUGAAGAAGGAGCGUCCCAAGUGGAAGAGCGACUACCCCAUGACAGACGGGCAGCUGCGCAGCAAGCGGGAUGAGUUUUGGGACACGGCACCCGCCUUUGAGGGCCGCAAGGAGAUCUGGGAUGCCCUAAAGGCAGCUGCCUAUGCCGUGGAGGCCAACGACCACAGCCUGGCCCAGGCCAUCCUCGAUGGAGCCAGUAUCACCCUGCCCCAUGGGUCCCUGACAGAGUGCUACGAUGAGCUGGGCAACCGGUACCAGCUGCCCGUCUACUGCUUGGCACCUCCCGUCAACCUGAUUCUGGAGAGGAGCGAGGAGGAGGCAGCGGAACCGGCCGAACCUCUGCCAAAUGCCCGGCGGGAGUUCGCCCUCAAGGUGCGGCUCUCCACCGGCAAGGACCUGCGGCUCAGGGCCAGCAUGGGCGACACCAUUGGGCAGCUGAAGAAGCAGCUGCAGGCACAGGAGGGCAUCGACCUGGCCUGGCAGCGCUGGUUCUUCUCGGGCAAGCUGCUCACCGACCGCACACGGCUGCAGGAGACCAAGAUCCAGAAGGAUUUUGUCGUGCAAGUGAUUGUCAACCAGCCCCUGCCGCCAAGGAACUGAUUCCCCCCCACUGG